AUGCCAUUAACUUGUAGCGAUUGCCCAAAAAUUUGUUGCAGUGUAAUUAUUCCACCUGUUGGUGUUUUCUUUGAAAAAGGAUGCAGUGUUCAUUUGGCUAUCAAUAUUCUUUUGACACUUCUUGGAUAUAUACCAGGUCUUAUACAUGCAUGCUUUAUUAUUGUAAAAUAUUAG